CUUCCGCAAUUCUUCCACCACAACAAAAUAUUACAGCGCGGCCGCCGCCGAAUACCGCUGAUUACCGCUGCGCGUUCACGCGUUUCUAGCAGUCUCUCGGACGUCUGCGCACGGCCCCCGCGCCCCGACGCCGAAGAAACCCACCGCUCCAGAGCACCGACAAAAUUAGCACCAUGCUGCGUGUUUCAGUCCAGCGCGCCGCCCGCGCCACCCUCGGCGCCGCCGGGCCUGCGCGUCGCGCGCCAGGCGCCGGUUGGGCCGUCAGCGCCACGCGCGCCGCCCUCAGCACGCAAGCGUCCACCGGCGACAACGUCCGCUACUUUAAGAUUUAUCGGUGGGACCCGGAGGUUCCCGGCCAGAAGCCCUACACGUCGACCUAUCCGGUAGAUCUCGACGAGUGCGGCCCCAUGGUCUUAGAUGCUUUGAUCAAGAUUAAGGCGGAGCAAGAGCCAGGGCUAACCUUCAGAAGGUCCUGUAGAGAGGGCAUCUGCGGGUCCUGCGCCAUGAACAUCAACGGGACGAACACCCUCGCUUGCUUGUGUUAUAUCACGCCGCCCGGCGAGGAGAAGGUCUCGGACAAGCCAGUGACGAUAAACCCCCUACCGCACAUGUACGUCAUCAAGGACCUGGUACCGGACAUGACGAACUUCUACGACCAGUAUCGGUCGAUCAAGCCCUGGCUCCAGACGAAGAGUGAACAUGACUUGACGCAGGAACAUCUGCAAACACAAGUCGAUCGGAAGAAGCUUGACGGGAUGUACGAGUGCAUCCUUUGUGCUUGUUGUUCGACUUCCUGUCCCUCUUAUUGGUGGAAUGCCGAUUCGUACCUUGGGCCCGCUGUCUUGAUGCAGGCUUACAGAUGGAUCCAAGAUAGUCGCGACGACAUGCGCCAAGAAAGACUAGAAGCUUUGGACGACGCCUUUAAAUUGUACCGGUGCCACACGAUCAUGAACUGCAGUAAAACAUGCCCGAAGCACCUGAACCCGGGCAAGGCCAUCGGCGAGAUCAAGAAGGCGAUCGCUGACGCGCAUUGAGGAGUGGGGGGGUAUAUAGCAUUCUUUCGUAC